AAAUCAAUCCAAACGUUAAUCAAUUUAGGAUUUUCUAUUUCUGCCGGUAUAAGUGAAAUCCUUAUGCCAAGCCAACCGCCCUCUCCACGACAUAUCUUCUUCUCUCCACAAACCAUUUCUAAUCGGAGCUCUUCAAUUUUUGUUAGGGUUAGGGUUGAUUAGAGCUAUCGGAGUUUGUAAAGAAUAGUGAGGGGUUGCAGCCAACCAGGAGAUGUAUAAGGGAAUAGGGUUACAGACUCCAAGAGGGUCUGGCACCAAUGGUUAUAUACAGACCAACAAAUUCUCCGUGAAGCCAAAGACUGCUAAGGUUGACCAGGGCACUGCUGGUUUCACCAAGAAACCCAAUAAGGAUAUACUUGAGCAUGAACGCAAGCGCCAAAUCCAUCUCAAGCUUGUUGUGCUUGAAGACAUCCUCGCUGAACAAGGAUAUACCGAUCUGGAAAUUGCUGACAAGCUUCAAGAUGCUAGGAAGAUUUUAGAAGCUGCCUCAGCCUCUGAGGAAAGUGGUGGACCUGUUGCUACUGUGGUUUGUGAGACAAAGUAAACUGUCUCCCCCCUAGUUUUUUUUGUUGGUAUAAAUAGUUGAAAAUUAUUCUAUAUCCCAAUAAUUAAAUCUUAUUUCUUAUUGUUUUGAUAUUUGUUACAAGAUUGUUGUGACUGUAAUCUUAAUCUUUUUGCAACAUUGUUUUAACGGUGUUGGAUUCUUAUUUAUAGUAUAUCUAGUUGCACUUGAUUAGUUGAAA